UCUCGCCAGUUCCACGCAAUGGAUACCCUGCAGCGUAACGGCUACGACCUGGCCAAGGCGAUGUCCACUUUGGUGCCCCAGGGUGGGCCCGUGCUAUGCCGGGACGAGAUGGAGGAGUGGUCGGCCUCGGAAGCCAUGCUGUUUGAGGAGGCCCUGGAGAAAUACGGCAAGGACUUCAACGACAUUCGGCAGGACUUUCUCCCUUGGAAGUCCCUGGCCAGCAUCGUCCAGUUCUACUACAUGUGGAAAACCACAGACCGAUACAUCCAGCAGAAAAGGUUAAAAGCGGCGGAAGCCGACAGCAAAUUGAAGCAAGUGUACAUCCCAACCUAUACGAAACCGAAUCCGAACCAAAUCAUCUCAGUGGGCUCCAAGCCCGGAAUGAACGGCGCCGGCUUCCAGAAAGGUCUCACCUGCGAGAGUUGCCACACCACCCAGUCUGCCCAGUGGUACGCCUGGGGCCCCCCUAAUAUGCAGUGCCGGCUCUGCGCCUCGUGCUGGAUCUACUGGAAGAAAUACGGGGGCCUGAAGACGCCGACGCAGCUCGAGGGAGCUGCCCGUAGCAUCACAGAGCCCCACUCUCGGGGCCACACGUCUCGGCCAGAAGCCCAGAGCCUUUCGCCGUACACCACCAGCGCCAACCGGGCCAAGUUGCUGGCGAAAAACCGCCAGACUUUCCUUCUGCAGACCACCAAACUGACCCGCAUCGCCCGGCGCAUGUGCCGGGAUAUCUUGCAGCCGCGGCGGGCCGCCCGGCGCCCUUACGCGCCCAUCAACUCCAACGCCAUCAAGGCUGAGUGUUCGAUCCGGCUUCCCAAGGCGGCCAAGACGCCCCUGAAGAUCCACCCUUCGGCCCGUCUUCCUCUGGCGACCAUUAUCAAGGAGCUGGCCGCUCAGGCACCCCUGAAACCCCGAACUCCUCGGGGCAGCAAGACGCCCAUCAACAGGAAUCAGCUGACCCAGAACCGAGGUUUGGCUGGCAUCGUGGGCAAGCGGACUUUCGAGAACGUGGCAGGGGGCGGGCUCCCCUUCUCGGCCAAUGGGCGGCCCCUAACGUCUGGCAUGAGGUCAAGCAGUCAGCCUGCCCUGAAACGUCAGAAGCUGAACCCGGCCGACGCCCCCAACCCCGUCGUUUUUGUGGCGACCAAGGACACCAGGUAUGCA